UUAUAGAAAGUGCAGCAGAAGGACUGAUAUAUCUUUUCAAUCUCUGUUGAUGCUAUAACUGUAACUUAAAACAUUUCACUUAUCGUUCAGGUAUCAAUUUGCAGGAUGAAGAAUAUAAUCAUACUUGUCUGCUUUCUUUACGUGGCAUCAGCUUUUCCUAUGCAACAGAUGGCUGGCCCUCCAUACAUAAGCAGCAGCAGAGAGAGAUUACGACAGUGGAACCUGUACAACAGCAGAUUAAGAAAUUCACCUCAGCAAACCCAGAACUCUGUGCCUGUACUGCCACCAAUGCAGCUGGUACCACCAACUCAGCAGGUGCAACAACAACAGCAACAACAAAAUCAGUUCUUUCAGGUGGACCCUGCAUUUAGAAAUGUACCAGUAGUCUCACAUGGGCAAGUAGUAAGCCCACAAGGACCACUGCUAUCACCAGGAUCAGCAACUCCACAAGGACAAGCCAUACCACAAGGACCUUUCAUGGGACAACCACCUGUCAUGAUGCCAGGUCAAACAAUGCCUCAGUCUACACUCCAAUCCCAGCUCCAGAUGUAUCCAACAUUUACUUAUAUACCACUGAGCUCUCAGCUUCCACCGGUAUUUGGAGUAGACACUGCACAAUUUUCUUCUCCAUAUGGAAUGGCACAAGUCAGUCCACAAAUACUAGUGUCUCCUGGCCUGAAUAUGCAACAGCCGCAGCAAAUGCAGCCAAUCUUAGUAGCAUCACUGGGACAGCAGGGAAUUGGUGACUCAGAUGAGCAGGUUCCAGCAUACACUGGAAUUCUUUUACCAAUGAUGGGGAUUAAUACAGGUCUUCAAGGUGGUUUUAUGCCAUUUGGUCAAGGUGGCAUUAUUCCUGCAGGUCAGGGAGGCAUUAAUACAGCUGGUUAUGCUCGAGCUAUUCCAAAUGGACAAGGGGGAAUUCUUCCAGCUGGCCAGGGAGGCAUCAUGCACAACAGUCAAGGCAGCACUACCCCAGUUGGUCAGGCCGGAAUUAAUCCAAAUGCUCCAAAUAUUCCUGCUAGAGAACAGCCACAGCCUGGUUCUCCAAAUCCAUCUGGUCAUGGAGGUAACAUCCCUGUUCAGAAUGGGGAAACAAUGCCUGCAGGUGUACAAAAGCUUCCUGGUAUUCCUGAUGCAAACCCAACAAAUAGUGUGAACUGUGAUGUACUUCCAGAAGGUGUACCUGUCACAGGUGGCAUUGGCAGUGCAACAGAGGCUACAUUUGUCGAGCCAUCAGCUGCAGCACCUGUUGCAGACCCUAAUCAUUUCCAGGAGAAGCAGCAGCCCCCUGACUCAGAGGAGCAGAUGGCACUACAUGGAGGUCUAAGUCCAUUCUUCAAUGUUCCAAAUGUCUUAUUGCCAGGGCUACCACUCCGUGGAGAUGCUUAUUUACCAUAGAUUGCUACAUUUAUGAAACUAGUUUUUUAUGUGUAUAUAUAUAUAUAUAUAUAUAUAUAUAUAUAUAUAUAUAUAGAGAGAGAGAGAGAGAGACAUAUACAUAAAAUUAUUUUUGUGAAAAUGAAAAACAUGAAAGCAUUAUAACUGGAAGCAACUUAAGAGAAAGUAUUAAGGCAUGUAACAUAUUAUAUUUUAAUUUUAAGACAAUGAUAAUUGUUGUUAAUCUUCAAUAAUUUAUCUUACUAUGUAAAAUAAGCAUUUCUAACUAAUUUAUGCAGUAGAAACUUGACAAAAGAAAUUUGUCAGGCAAAUCAAAAUCUAUUUAACAACAAAAUAAUGUGCAAUUUUAUAAUACAAUGUCAUUAACACCAACAUGUUUCUAGAAUUUUUAACCUGUCAUUUAAACUAAAUGUAAUAUUUGCUACAAACUGGUCAUGAUAAAUUUGUUUCACCAUGAGAGAUUUAACAGUUUGAAUUAAUUCAUGAAACAUGCAAUUUUCUGUUGUUAAAAAGCACAUAGUCUGGUGUGCAAUAAACAUUCUGACAAGUUCUUGACAAGUUUCACAACUGAAUGGAAGUGUCUUUCCUCACUGCAUCAGGAUUGAAAUGAUUGUGUUCUACUGUAUAAAAGAAAUCAUUGCAAUAAAACGUCCAUUAAUUGCUCAUUCAGACUUCAACUGACAUUUAGUUGUUAAUUAUAGAGAAUAACUUCAUGAUAUACUCUUGAAAUGUGUCAAAUAUUAUUUAUAUAUGUUUUCUUGCCAUAAUUUACCAUGUGAAUUACCAUUCUGCCAAAUAAACAGCACUUUUCCUUUAAAUUUGC